GGGCGCGAUGAGGUGGCUGCCCGCUGGGUGGCGCCGGUUUCCCCGGGAGGUCCUUUCUGGGCCCCCGGAGGAGGUGGGGGAGAGGCGAGCAGGAGCCGAGUCCAGGGAGCCCUCUGCGUCAGCUGCUGCUCGCUGAGCCGCCCCAGUACCAGCCAGGACUCACCCGCAGCUCCAUGCUUGUGCCGGGUUCGACUCGUCCAUCCUCCGAGAAGCGGCAGCCCAUGAGGCUCCCAGUCCCCACUGAGUGCCGCCCUGAAGGAUGUCCCAGCUCUCCUCCACCCUGAAGCGCUACACAGAAUCGGCCCGCUACACAGAUGCCCCUUACGCCAAAUCAGGCUAUGGUACCUACACCCCGUCCUCCUAUGGGGCCAACCUGGCCGCCUCCUUCCUGGAGAAGGAGAAGCUCAGUUUCAAGCCGAGCCCCCCCACCAGCUUCCUUCCCCGUCCCAGAACCUAUGGUCCCUCCUCCAUCCUGGACUAUGACCGGGGCCGCCCCCUGCUGAGACCCGACUUCAUCGGGGGUAGUAAGCGGGCAGAGAGCCAGACCCGAGGCACUGAGCGGCCUUCAGGCAGCGGACUCAGCGGGGGCAGUGGAUUUCCCUAUGGAGUGACCAGCAACUCCCUCAGCUACCUGCCCUUGAGUGGUCGCGACCAGGGAAUGACCCUGACCCAGAAGAAAUCAAACAGCCAAUCAGACCUGGCCCGGGAUUUCUCCAGCCUCCGGACCUCAGAUAGCUACUGGACUUCAGAUAGCUACCGGAUAGACUCCGGGAACCUGGGCCGCAGCCCCAUGCUGGCCCGCACACGCAAGGAGCUCUGUGCCCUGCAAGGCCUCUACCAGGCAGCCAGCCGCCCCGAGUACGUGGAAGACUACCUAGAGAACUAUGGUCACAAGGGCAGCGCACCCCAGGUGCUCAUGCAGGCCUCUCCCUCUCGAGUCCCUGAAGUCCUCAGUCCCACCUACCGACCCAGUGGCCGAUACACGCUGUGGGAAAAGGGCAAGGGCCAGAUCCCUGGGCCCAGCCGCUCCAGCUCCCCAGGGCGAGACACUACGAAUUCUAAGAGUGCCCAGGGUCUGGCUGGGCUUCGAAACCUUGGGAAUACGUGCUUCAUGAACUCCAUUCUGCAGUGCCUGAGCAACACCCGGGAGUUGAGAGAUUAUUGUCUGCAGAGGCUCUACAUGCGGGACCUCUGCCACACCAGCAGUGUGCACACAGCCCUCAUGGAAGAGUUUGCAAAGCUAAUCCAGACCAUAUGGACUUCAUGCCCCAACGACGUGGUGAGCCCAUCUGAGUUCAAGACCCAGAUCCAGAGAUACGCACCACGCUUCGUUGGCUAUAAUCAGCAGGAUGCUCAAGAGUUCCUUCGCUUUCUCCUGGAUGGGCUCCACAAUGAAGUGAACCGAGUAACAGUGAGGCCCAAGUCCAACCCUGAGAACCUUGAUCACCUCCCUGACGAUGAAAAGGGGCGACAGAUGUGGAGGAAAUACCUCGAGCGGGAAGACAGUCGGAUCGGGGAUCUCUUCGUUGGGCAGCUGAAGAGCUCCCUGACAUGCACCGACUGUGGUUACUGUUCUACGGUCUUCGAUCCCUUCUGGGACCUCUCCCUGCCCAUUGCUAAGCGAGGUUACCCUGAGGUGACACUGAUGGACUGCAUGAGGCUCUUUACCAAAGAGGAUGUGCUUGAUGGUGAUGAGAAGCCAACAUGCUGUCGUUGCCGAGCUAGAAAACGAUGUAUAAAGAAGUUCUCCAUCCAGAGGUUCCCAAAGAUCUUGGUGCUCCACCUGAAGCGGUUCUCAGAAUCCAGGAUACGAACCAGCAAGCUCACAACAUUUGUGAAUUUCCCACUAAGAGACCUGGACUUGAGAGAAUUCGCCUCAGAAAACACCAACCACGCUGUUUACAACCUGUACGCUGUGUCCAACCACUCCGGAACCACCAUGGGUGGCCACUAUACAGCCUACUGCCGGAGUCCAGUAACAGGCGAAUGGCACACUUUCAAUGACUCCAGCGUCACACCCAUGUCCUCCAGCCAAGUACGCACCAGCGACGCCUAUUUGCUCUUCUACGAAUUGGCCAGUCCACCCUCUCGUAUGUAGCAGUGAGGAGCUACAUCCCUUCCCCUUUCCCUGUGGUGGCCUCACACCCUAAGUUUUUUAAAAAGACAAAAACAACAAAAAACCCUGACAAAUAAGAGAAAAAUAAACUAAAAUAAAGCUGCGGAGCAGGAGUUGAUGCAGCCUGGUCAGGGUCUGGAGCAAGGAGCCGGGUGCCCCUGAGCCACGCCUGACGGGAAAGACCAACUGGACACAGAGACCGGAGUCAGCGCCGUGCUCGCUCGGCUUCUCUAGUUUGCAUUUUUCAGCUUGUGGUUUCUCCUGUGUGUAAUAAACAACAGCGGUCUGUCGGGAGAGGAUCCGUGUCCACCUGCUGCUCUCUCCAGCCCCGAGCCUUCUGGGAAGACAGCGCCCUCUGGAGCCUGCUGGGAGCGUUGCUGCCCGGAUCCUGGCACCGCGGAGGAACCGCCUCGGUCUCCACCGGACCUGCUUUCUGGGCCAGGGCAGGAAACACCCUUGAGCCAAGAGCCGUCUUAACCCUGCUGACUCCAGUGGCCCGGAGGAAGGAACGUCUUUUUUAAAAAAGGCUGGUUGGGGUUUUUAAAAGCCCGACAUUUUUUAAAUUACUGUAACGAAAGUGUUGUGACUGGAGGCACGCUUCUUCACAUCUCUUCACAGCUGGGACCUCGGGUUGGUGCUUUUUUUUUCCUUGCCUUUUUUUUUUUUUAAUUCUUCACGUACACCUCUUCUAACGCUAGCCCCCCCGUGGUGCUAGAUGGGUGUCGGCCAGGCCCGAGGUAGCCACAGUAGACCUGGGAUCUAAACAAUUCCUGGGCGUUUUGCUUUUGUUGUAAUGUUUGGACCGAUUCUAGUUGCCUCCGAGAAUUGUGCCUUAUAGCAUUUGGGGACCAGGGGGUAACUGCCCCUCCCUGAAAUAUCCCUCAGCCUCUUCCCUUUUCCCCAGUGCCAUGUCCAAACCCACAGGGGGACACGGGCCCUGCCCUCUGCCCCUGGCAUGCGGCACAUGGCAGUGAGGCAAAGAGAGAAGUAGGUCCAAGGAGAUUUCUCACCACGGCGCGUCGCGUUCUUCCUGCCCACCACCUCUUACCCACCCCGGUCUACUCCCCAGCUGUUGAAGGAUAGCACAAGUCCCUUGUCCCUAGAGCUUCUCUCACCUUUAAUUUAUUCUGUCCCUAACGUCCCUGCCCCCUGCCUUCCUGCCGCCGCCCUUCUCAGAGCUUCCUAGACACAGGCCCUCUGGAUCGAGUUUCUCAGGGAUGCUGGGCCGCCCCUCGGCUCCUCGGCAUUGCACGCUGGUCCUGCUGGGAGCUGGAGCGUGGGUGUCUGGGGACAUCUUGCCUCCAGCAUAUGAUUCUUUCCCAUGGGCUGGACUCUGCCCUGGGUCAUCGGACAAAACUGUAGUCCCAGAGCGCAGAGCGUUUGUGCAGUAAGGCCUGGCGUGUAGUGCACUCUGCGCACCCCCCAGCUGGGUCCGCCUCAUGCCUCUUGAACCCGGCACAUCCCAGAGCGCCUGGGGGGGCACCAGAGAGACACCCUGAGCUUACCUGGCCUGACACCUCUCUCUAGAGAAGACCUGUGAACUGAGCCCAAGGGCUGGUAUUCGUACACUUGUUUACCAUGUAAGCAAGAGUAGAAGAAUGUCUGAUGUACAGUGGAACCUUGUACAGAAUAAAUAAUAGCUUUGAGAAAGAA